AAUCCAUCUGACGCUGUUGUGGAAGUGACGUCGGUUCGAGUAGUCUGUGUUGUGUGUGUCUCAGUUGGAGCUGUAUUAAGGAAGCAUAGAGCGGAGAAUGGCGGGCCUGUGGAGAUCCUACCAGGCUCUUAUGACCAGGCAUCCAUGGACUGUCCAGAUAAUCACAGCCGGCACGCUGGUGGGGGUGGGUGAUGUCAUCUCCCAGCAGGUGCUUGAGAGGCGGGGUCUGGCCAAUCACAACGUGACACGAACGGCCAAGAUGAUGAGCAUCGGAUUCUUCUUCGUCGGCCCUGCAAUAGGUAGCUGGUACAAGGUUCUGGACAAGCUGGUCACUGGGGGGACUAAAAGUGCUGCCAUGAAGAAAAUGCUUUUCGAUCAGUUGGGCUUUGCACCGUGUUUCCUGGGUGCCUUCCUGGGGAUCUCUGGAACCUUGAAUGGACUGACUGUGGAGGAGAACGUUGCCAAGCUCAAGAGGGACUACACAGAUGCCUUGAUCUCAAAUUACUAUCUAUGGCCUGCAGUCCAGAUUGCAAACUUCUAUUUUAUCCCACUGCACCAUCGAUUGGCUGUGGUCCAGAUUGUAGCUAUCGGCUGGAAUUCCUACUUGUCCUGGAAAGCCAAUAAGAUUUGAUGGCUAUUUCAGGACCCGCCCUACCUCACACAUAUAGGACUAUCAAUGAGACUUUUACACCUGCAAAUAGUGUGAUACACUGAAUCCAGAAAGCUGUGAAUCGCACACUUAAGUUAGUGGUCAGGAAAAAAAAUUGUUAACAAACACUAUGAAAUAUUCAAACUUUAAAAAGAAAAAAAAAGAAACUUGAAACUCAAACUUUUGCAUAGUGAAAGAUUUUUGUGAAAGUUUGUCACAUCUACAAGACUGGUCAAAAGUUUGGACACCUACUCAUUCAAGGGUUUUUCUUUAUUUUUACUAUUUUCUACAUUGUAGAAUAAUAUGAAAUAUGACAUGGAAUCAUGUAGUAACCAAAAAAGUGUUUAACAAAAAACAAAGUGUCAAAUCAAAUAAAAAUAUAUUCUUUAAAUAGCCACCCUUUGUCAUGAUGACAGCUUUGCACACUCUUGGCAUUCUCUCAACUAGCUUCAUGAGGUAGUCACCUGGAGUGCAUUUCAACAGGUGUGCCUUCUUAAGUUAAUUUGUGGAAUUCUUUUCCUUAAUGCAUUUGAGCUUGUUUUGACAAGGUAGGGGGGUAUUCAGAAAGUCCAUAUUAUGGCAAGAACAGCUCAAAUAAGCAAAGAGAAACGACAGUCCAUCAUUACUUUAAGACAUGGUCAGUCAAUACGGAAAAUGUCAAGAACUUUGAAAGUAUCUUCAAGUGCAGUCGCAAAAACCAUCAAGCGCUAUGAUGAAACUGGUUCUCAUGAGGACAGCAGCAAGAAAGGAAGACCCAGUGUUACCUCUGCUGCAGAAGAUAAGUUCAUUAGAUUUACCAGCCUCAGAAAUUGCAGCCCAAAUAAAUGCUUCACAAAGUUCAAGUAACAGACACAUCUCAACAUCAACUUUUCAGAGGAGACUGGGUGAAUCAGGUCUUCAUGGUCGAAUUGCUGCAAAGAAAUUACUACUAAAGGACACCAAUAAGAAGUUUGAGAUUUUUGAGAUUUUUUUUUGUUGAGAUUUUUGGUUCAAACAGCCGUGUCUUUAUGAGACGCAGUGUGGGUGAACGGGUGAUAGGAUGAUCUCUGCAUGUGUAUUUCCCACUGUAAAGCAUGGAGGAGGUGGUGUUAUGGUGUGGGAGUGCUUUGCUGGUGACACGGUCUGUGAUUUAUUUAGAAUUCAAGGCACACUUGACCAGCAUGGCUACCACAGCAUUCAGCAGCGAUACACCAUCCCAUCUGGUUUGCACUUAGUGGGACUAUCAUUUGUUUAUCAACAGCAUAAUGACCCAACACACCUCCAGGCUGUGUAAGGGCUAUUUUUACCAAGAAUGAGAGCGAUGGAGUGCUGCAUCAGAUGAGCUGGCCUCCACAAUCCCCCAACCUCAACCAAAUUGAGAUGGUUUGUGAUGAGUCGGACCGCAAAGUGAAGGAAAAGCAGCCAACAAGUGCUCAGCAUAUGUAGGAACUCCUUCAAGACUGUUGGAAAAGCAUUCCAGGUGAAGCUGGUUGAGAGAAUGCCAAGAGUGUGCAUAGCUGUCAUCAUGGCAAAGGGUGGCUAUUUGAAGAAUCUCAAAUAUAAAAUUAAUUCUGAUUUAUUUAACACUUUUUUUGGUUACUUCAUGAUUCUAAAUGUGUUAUUUCAUAGUUUUGAUGUUUUCACUAUUAUUCUACAGUAUAGAAAAUAGUAAAAUAAAGAAAAACCCUUGUUCUAAAACUUGACCGGUAGCGUAUAUAAAGUUACUAUUAAUGCUAUAAAAAGUUUAUAGUCAGGCAGACUGUAGUUGACAUAUAUACUGAACAAAAAUAUAAACGCAAUAUGUAAAUUGUUGGUCCCAUGUUUCAUGAGCUGAAAUAAAAGAUCCCAGAUAUUUUCCAUAUGCACAAAAAGUUUAUUUCUCUCAAAUAUUUUUUGUGCACAGAUUAGUUUACAUCCCUUUUAUUUCUCCUUUGCCGAGAUAAUCCAUUCACCUGACAGGUGUGGCAUAUCAAUAAGCUGAAAAAACAGCAUGAUCAUUGCACAGGUGCACCUUGUGCUAGGGACAAUAAAAGACCACUCUAAAAUGUGCAGUUUUGUCACACAACACAAUGCUACAGAUGUCUCAAGGUUUGAGGGAGCGUGCAAUGGCAUGCUGACUACAGGGAUGUCCACCAGAGCUGUUGCCAGAUAAUUGAAUGUACAUUUCUCUACCAUACGCUGCCUCCAACGUUGUUUUCGAGAAUUUGGCAGUACGUUCAACCUGCCUCACAACCGCAGACCACGGAGUUAUGUGGUCGAGCUGAUUUCUGGUGUCAACAUUGUGAACGGAGUGCCCCAUGGUGGCGGUGGGGUUCUGGUAUGGGUAUUUAUAAGCUACGGACAAAGAACACAAUUGCAUUUUAUCGAUGGGAAUUUGAAUGGACAGAGAUACUGUGACGAGUUCCUGAGGCCCAUUGUUGUCAUUCAUCCGACCCAUCACCUCAUGUUUCAGCAUGAUAAUGCACAGCCCCAUUUUACAAGGACAUGUACACAAUUCCUGGAAGCUGGUAAUGUCACAGUUCUUCCAUGGCCUUCUUCCUCACCAGACAUGUCACCCAUUGAGCAUGUUUGGAAUGCUCUGGAUUGGCGUGUAUGUUCCCAGUUCCCGCCAAUAUCCAGGAACUUUGCACAGCCAUUAAAGAGGAGGGGCACAACAUUCCACAGGCCACAAUCAACAGGCCGAUAUGCAAAUCCAUGAGGCAAAUAAAUGGUGGUCACAUCAGAUACUGACUAGUUUUCUGAUGCACACCCCUACCUUGUUUUUAAGGUAUGUGUGACCAACAGAUGCAUAUCUUUAGUCCCAGUCGUGAAAUCCAUAGAAUAGGACCUAUUGAAUUUAUUUCAAUUGACUGAUUUCGUUAUAUGAACUGUAACUCAGUAAAAUCUUCAAAAUUGUUGCAUGUUGCAUUUAUAUCUUUGUUCAGUGACUCACUCUGCUGUUAAACAGUAGCUUACUUGAUUUCUGUGUUCUCAUUUCAAUGUAUGACAUUACCAGCAGUAUUAAACAUACAAUGUUAAAAUGUUG